AUGGAUGAUCAUUCCCAUCUCUACAUUGGCACUGCCUUUGUGGCCGGUGUUCUUCUUACCAUUGGGUUCAAGGACCUGGUGUACCCUGAGCUGGAACAGCGCAUUCACGAUUAUCUAGCUUGUCGCCAAUCCGAGCCUGUGACAGACUCCGAGAGCCUCCCUAAUGAUAGUCUCGUCGCAAGGCCAGGUCCGCCGGCCAUUGUCGAAGGCAUUGAGGGUUGUAUCGGGAACACUCCUCUCUUUCGCAUCAAAUCCUUAUCUGAUGCGACUGGCUGCGAGAUCUUAGGCAAAGCCGAAUUUUUGAAUGGAGCGGGCCAGAGCUCUAAAGACCGGGUUGCACUGAGCAUGAUCCAAAUUGCCGAAGAACACGGUUUCCUGAGACCACAUUCAGGUGACACCAUUUACGAAGGCACUUCCGGCUCCACGGGCAUCUCCCUAGCUUCUCUGGCCCGAGCGAAGGGUUACCUGGCUCAUAUCUGUAUGCCAUCCGACCAAGCCAUCGAAAAAUCCAGUCUUUUAUUGAAGCUGGGCGCAAUAGUAGACCGUGUCCCACCGGCUCCCAUUGUCGAGAAAGACAACUUUGUCAAUCGCGCACGAUCGCUUGCACAGGAGCAGACUGCGUCUUCAACUGCCAACGGACGAGGAUUCUUCGCGGACCAAUUCGAGAAUGAGGCCAAUUGGCGAGCCCACUUCAACGGCACGGGGCCCGAAAUCUACGCUCAAUGCAACGGAAAACUGGACGCCUUUAUUGCAGGAGCGGGAACCGGUGGCACUAUCUCUGGCGUGGCACUUUUCCUGAAGCCCCGGAUCCCCAAUCUAAGUGUCGUCCUAGCCGAUCCCCAAGGCAGUGGGCUGUACAACAGAGUCCGCUACGGCGUCAUGUUCGACUUGAAAGAGAGAGAAGGCACCAGGCGACGUCGACAGGUGGAUACCAUUGUCGAAGGCAUCGGAAUCAACCGAGUGACGGCUAAUUUCGAAGCGGGCAAGGAAUUGGUGAACGACGCAGUUCGAGUAACCGAUGCACAGGCUUUGGCAAUGGCCAGAUGGCUUGUGGAGAAGGAUGGCCUCUUUGUUGGUAGCAGCAGUGCCGUCAACUGCUUUGCUGCCGUCAAGACAGCAAUGAAGCUUGGGCCAGGACAUAGGAUUGUGACGGUCCUGUCCGACUCAGGGUCAAGGCAUCUUUCUCGAUUCUGGGCAAAGGCAGGGGAUGUCGGUGGCGCCGUCGAUACCAAGCUUGAAGAUGUGUUGAACGCCACGGAUGAGGAGUAGGUGUGUUUCAUGGCGGGUUCAAAAAACCCUGCGCCAAUUUACUUGGGCCCGAGAAGAAAGGACAAAGGGACGGCAAGAGCCUUGAGAGGGUAGACCCCUGGAGGGCGACAAGGCUCAAACAAGCUAAUUCCACUAAUGGUAUUGCUGCUGCUAGUGUCUGACAAGGUGAUGUAUCGUUCGAUCCGUUGCCGCCUAAUCCGACAGCCUAGGAUAUACUCGGGUUCAUCCGGA